CUGCAAUGAGGAGUUUGUAAAUUUCGUCAUUAUAAGAUUUAAAUUUAUAUAUUAGAAUGACCAUGAUUUCAAAGGCUGCAGUCGGCAUCGCCGUUGGCAUAGCCGGAAUAUUCGUUGGAUAUUGCAUUUAUUUCGAUCAUAAGCGUCGCAGUGAUCCAGAUUUCAAAAAUAAAUUGCGAGAGCGUAGGAAAGCUAAAAAGCAAUCUGAAAAAGCUCGUUCAACAAUUCCAGAUCUGAAAGAUCGUGAAGUUAUACAAAAGUUUUUCUUACAAGAGGUCCAACUUGGUGAAGAGUUACUUGCACUAGGUGACAUAGAAAGUGGAAUUGAACAUUUAGCAAAUGCAGUUGCAGUUUGUGGACAACCUACACAAUUGUUACCAAUUCUUCAAAAAACACUGCCACCACAUAUUUUCCACCUUUUAUUACAACGAUUACCAGCUAUUGGCCAGAAGCUAGCAAUUCAUAAUGCAAUGGCUGAAGAAGAUGUUGAAUAAAACAAUAUAAAAAUUGCAUUGAGUAAUUCAAAAUAAAAUCUAACCAUUAGUAGAAAGUGUAUACUUUUUUUUUGAUAAUGUAGACAUUUGCGUGGCUUCAAUUUGAACUAGCUUUUUAAUUGUAUCUCUUGUUUUCCUUGAUUGAACUUCCAUAUUCCUUGAUAAUUACAUAUUAAUGAUCAAUUUAAAUCGUGAUAUAUUUAUAUGCAUUUAAUUUUCAAAUUGCAAAAAAUUUUAUAUUAAUUCAUUAAUUGAUAUAAAAUUGUUUAAUUAAAUAUAAAGUGCUCGUUUAAAUAAUAUGUUAUCAACUUUAACAUUAUGACUGCCACAAUAAGUACUCAUACAGAUCAAAUAUUUUAGUAACAACGGCAGCCAAAUAUAUAUACAUUACAUAGAACAUAGAAAGAUCUCUAGUCACACAAGAUUUUCUUCAUCACAUUAUUUGAUAUGACUACUGUGAAUUGAUCAUAUUGAACUGUUUCAUGAUUUAAAGGAGAGAUGUAGUAAAACUAAACAAAGAGUAUAUUCGAAUAUACUGAUGUAAUAAUAAUUGAUCCAAUUGUAAAAUUAAUAUUGUGUUUGAUUUUAUAAAAAUGUCACAAUAAUUGUAUGUAUCAGUUGUAGCUUGUUAAAACAUAAUACUUCUUUAAUAAGGAAUUUGUGUAAAAUGUGAUCUUGAAAUCGUGUAUCCUUUUCCUGGAAGCAUUUACAAAUGAUUACAAAAAUACU